CCAGCUGGAGUCCCUGAACUGGAGAGCAGAAGCAGGAGAAGGAAGAAGACGAGGAGGCAGAAGGGACUACUAUGGGGCAGAGGUUGGGCACCAUGGCAUUGCUCUUUGUCACUCUGGGGUAUCUGCUCAGGUCCCUAACUGCAGAAGCUCCAUGUGAAACCAUUUACCAGGAUUUCUCUGACUGCAUCUUAAAACUGGGGGAAAACAUGGCCAGCUAUGAGGAGGAAGAGGAAAAGAGCCAGGUGCAAGGAUUGCUUCCUGUCUGUAGAUAUUGGGAUGAGUUUCAUACUUGUGCCAUGACUGCCCUUUGGGAGUGCCAGAAGGAGGCAGUGACUAUCUGGGAGAUGUUAAAAAGGGAAUCUAGGAAGAUCAAAUUUGAAGGCAGCCUUUUCGACCUCUGUGCACCCAGCGACUCCCAGAAUCUCAGUUCAGUGCAGUUUCCAACUACAUCUCUAUUAUGCAUCCCUCUUAUGGUUACCUGGCUUAAUUUAUAA